AUGUCUAGUUUCUACGAUUUAAGUCCUGCUGAUAAGACGAACCAGCCCUUUCCAUUUUCUGAAUUGAAAGGAAAGGUUGUUUUAAUUGUAAAUGUUGCCUCCAAAUGUGGAUUCACCCCUCAAUAUAAGGAGUUAGAAGAAGUUUACAAAAAGUAUGAAGACAAAGGUUUCACUAUUAUUGGAUUCCCAUGUAAUCAAUUCGGUGGGCAAGAGCCAGGCUCAGCUGAAGAGAUUGAGAGUUUCUGUAAGUUGAAUUACGGAGUUACAUUUCCUAUUUUGAAAAAAAUUGAUGUUAAUGGAAGCAAAGCAGACCCAGUCUAUGAAUUUUUGAAGGGUAAAAAGUCUGGUUUAUUGGGAUUGAAUAGGAUCAAGUGGAACUUCGAGAAGUUCUUGAUCGACAAGGAGGGAAAUGUUAUUGAAAGAUACAGUUCUCUCACGAAACCGAAAUCAUUGGAGCCUAAAAUUGAGGAGUUAUUGAAAUAA